AUGGGAACGUUUAACAUUGCCAAAGCAAUCAACCAGCCCCCCAACCUGCACCAGCCUCAGGGGGGCCUCAGCACAUUCGCGGGGGAGAACUUUGUGUUCCAGUUCACGGCGGCGGACCCCGAGGGCUCGGCGCUCCUCUUCCUCCUGGAGCAGGGCCCUCCCGACUCCACGCUCUCCCCCGCCGGCCUCCUCAUCUGGAAAGUCCAUCCGGUGGAGAUGCAGGGGAAUACUCGGCAGAGCUUCGAGUUCACGCUGUCUGACGAGUGCAAUGCCCAGAGCAGCUACACCGUCGAGGUGGCUGUGAAGCCUUGUGGGUGCUUGAACGGCGGGACGUGUGUGACCAACGUGGCCUUCCCGGCGGGCAGCGGAGAGUACCUGUGUGUGUGUCCCCAGGGGAUAGGAGGGGGCCUGUGUCAGGAGGACAUUGACGCGUGUCUGUCGGCUCCGUGCGGUGCCCGGGGUGUGUGCUGAUACCGUKGAUGGCUUCCUCUGUGAAUGCCCUGCAGGCCUGAGAGGCGCUACCUGUCAGGAAGAUGUGAAUGAGUGUGAGAGGACGCCUUGCAUGCCUGGAGUCCAGUGUUUCAACAUCUUCGGCUCCUACAGGUGUGGAGGCUGCCCCCACGGCAUGCUGAGAGAUGGGACCACCUGCACAGCACCUGUACGAUCGAUCCUCAAUGUCCCCAGCAUUGGACCCACCACUGUCCCUACCACCACUACCACCACCACUACCACCUCUAAGACCUCACCCAAKAACAGACCAGACCAACACAAUCAACCCAGGAUGGACUCUGGCAGACCUGGAAUCCCACCGACCAAUAAGCCUGGACUCACAAAACCAACAUGCCUGGACUUCCAGAGACCAACAGGGCAGCUGCCAAGGC